GGAUCGAAUACCAAGCAUGCCCAGCGACGCCCGCCACCAACCCGGCGACUUUUUACUGCCGUACGGCUUUUUCGACUGCCUUCCGCUCAUGGCCGCGGACCUCGAGUACCUCGAGUCGCUUGCGCGGCACACGCUCGAGGCGACGCUCAAUGCGCUCCAAUGCCACGACGCGACCGCGUGGAGCUCUCUCGGCGACGUCCAUGGUGCCCACCUCUUCCAGGGCAAGCCGCGCCCGAGUGAACCGCACAUUGUGCCGUUCCGGUCGUCGGCCAAGAUGGCCGCGAGUCUCGACGAGGUCCGCGACGUCGUCGCCAACGUCUCGACCGAGGCGAUGGCGCAGUCGCUCCGGGUGCGUGCGGACGACGUCAUGGACAUGAAGGUGCUCUACCGCCUCCAGUCGCCGACGCCCGACGCACCGCACCGCCAUGUGCUUGUGCGCUGGGUCGCGAUCGCUUGUCCGACUCCGCUCCAGAACCGCGACUUUUGCGUCCUCGAAGUACAAGAUCAAGUCCGACUCGCGUCCGGCCAGCGCGCGUGGGUGGUCGCGCAGCACUCGGUGCGGCUGCCGUGUUGUCCCGACCUGAAAAGUGCUUUCCAGCUCGUGCGUGGGGCGAUCGCCAACUCGGGCAUGCUCUUUGCCGAGUCCAACGAAGCCGGCGUGCUGUACGCCCACAGCCACGUCGAGAUGGAUCUGAAGGGCAACUUGCCGUCGUUCGUAUACAAGAAGCUCAUGAAGCGCCGCGUGAGCCACAUCGUGGACCUUCAGUCGACAAUUGUAUCACGGCGCACCAAGAAAGAACGCAGUCUCUCGGCCACAAUGCAUUUUUCACCGCGCCACCAAGCAACCCCCGCCGUGCACGUUCCGUCGAGCGAGCGCAGUCAUUGCAACUACUGUUCCAAGCGCUUCCACGCAUUUCGCCACAAGCACCACUGCUCGACGUGCGGCGAGAUCUUUUGCUCCAAGUGCACGGGCACGUGGAAGUCGAUGCAUGCGUCCACCCAGCGCGUCUGCGUCACGUGCUCCAAUGCAAUUUGCGACCGCUUCUCGGACGCGCAGAGCCCCGUCUUUGGCUGUAGCCCAAAUGCUGCGGGCUUUGUGAGCCCCGCUCAUGACCACGGCCCACGCCGUCCGCAGUACUCCCCGUCGUGCAUGCAGAGCCACGCACCGCCAAUGGAGACCGACGAUCCGCUCUUGGCCGCGUGGCAGUCGCUGCGGCUGUCGUCGGGCGGCGACGUGCCGGUUCGCGACAUGCAGUCGGAGAAGACGACGUCGACGCUCCAAGACCUUUGUGACGACCCUGUCUCGAAGCUGCUCGCGGGCGACUGGGACUGCUACGACCCGACGGCGACGAUCGAUAUUUCGGCACAGCUGCAGCAGGCAGCGCUCGAGCGCAGCUUUGGCCACCGGCCCGAGUCGCGCCGUGACCGCUCGCGAUCGUACAAGGUCUGGUAGCUAGCUGUUUCAUGUACAAAGUGUCGUAAAUCCAAAUCAAAGUUGUCGUCGUCCGUGAUG